AUGGAUAGAAGUGCCAUCUGCUUGUUUGGCAUCAGGAAUUAUGGAGUUAGUGUAACUGGAUACCUGAACCACCCCUCCAAGGGUUUAUGUAUUUGGUUACAACAAAGAAGCUUCACGAAGCAAACUUGGCCAGGGAAAUGGGAUUGCUUUGUAAGUGGUGGACUUGCAGUUGGCUAUGGCAUCCUCGAGACUACUAUAAAAGAAGCGGCAGAGGAAGCUUCUGUGGAGGGAGAUCUUACCAAGAAAUUGGUACCUGCUGGUUGUGUCAGCUUUUAUUUUGAAAGCGAAAGAGGUCUUUUUCCAAACACAGAGUAUGUAUACGAUCUUGAGUUACCGUUAGACUUUGUGCCACAAAAUGCAGAUGGGGAAGUUGAGAGUUUCGAAUUAUUAACUGCUGAUGAAUGCAUACAAAGAGCUCUCACGCCACAGUUCAAGACAACAAGCGCUCCUGUAAUCAUAGACUUUCUUAUUAGGAAAGGCUAUAUAAAUCCAGAAAAUGAACCAAAUUACCGGUAUUUGGUGGAGUUGCUUCAUGUUCCUCUACAGUCAAUUUACAAUUGGCCGUACACUAUGAUUUCUGCAGUCAAUGGAGAUGGGCAAGUAAUAAAUAAUGUAAAUUAA